GAGUAAGAAAGUUUGCUUGGCAGGUAGGCACCGCCGUCAUCCUAAUACCACCAUAUCACCUUAUCCAGGGUUCACUCGUAAAAACUAACUCCAUUCUACAUAUAUCCAGCUUUUCCGACAUAUUUCCAAGUAUCCCCAGUUCGACCAAUCUUAUCCAGACGAAAUCCAUAAUAUCGACUAUAGUAGCAUCAACAUCAACCUCUCUUGUUUGCUACCAAUUUGCUUGUCGACCGAGCACGACGAUUUAUAGAUGAAGUUUUCACACGCUAUUCUCGGCUUGGCGGCCUGUAGCCAGGGUAUCAAUGCCGUCGCCAUCAAAGAACCCGCCGUAAUAGAUACGCGAUCAUCAGAUAUACAACCAGAAUCGCAAUAUUCGGAACGCGCGGAAACAAACGAAGAACUAUGGAAGCGCAAGGGCGGCGGCGGAGGUGGUGGUAGAGGUGGUACUGGCGGCUCUAGCGGUGGCAGUUCCGGCGGUCGUGGUGGUUCUUCCAGUGGUGGUCGAGGGUCAUCAUCGUCCAAUGUUGGAGGUGCGACAACAACGGGGAGCGGUGUACGGCCAGGAUACGGAGGAGGCACAUAUUACGGCGGUGGUGCGAAACAACCCUACAAAGCUGGUUCGCCUAGUCCUUCCGGCAUCGCGCCGUUUGUUCUCGGUGGUGCCGCGCUUGGAGGUCUAGGGUUCGUAAGCGCGAGUCUGGCUUACGGCGCGUACGCUUACCCGUACACGCACCAUUACUGGUAUCACAACUCGACAACGAACAAGAACGAGACCAAGCCUGUCACCUGUCUGUGUGACACCUAUGAGACUUGCGGUUGCGACGACAACGGAAACCAGACAUACUUCAAUUCCGUCAUUGGCGACGGUAGUUACAACGGCCUCAACAAAUCGCUUGUGACUGUAGCUGACAACGAGACCACGCACAACUCCACCAUCUACCUCCUCGGUACCUUACCGAAUGGUACCACAGCAGCCGGUGGCACCGAAGACCCGAACGCCGCUGUCGAUAUGCAAGCUCUAGCUCGUGCUGUGGGUUGGUGGCCGGUCAUCACGACAGCAAUUGCCAUUGUAUGCAUGUCGUAACGAUAAUCAUAAUGAAGACGUGAAUGGAGUUUGGAGUAGUCUUUCCCCUUGCCGUUUAUCGUUUUGUUUUUUUGUACGUAUAACGUUUUGAGUACGAUACCACCACCACAAGACAAGAUGAGGCAUGCGGCGACGCGAAAAGAGUUGAUAUCCCGAUGGAAGUUCUAAAAUGCUGGAAUUAUCGAGAGAAAAAACUAGAGAUGGGAAGAGAAACGGUGAAAGCCGUGGUGAUACAUGGCUUAUACGUUACACAGUAGAAUAGCCUCAAGUAGUGGCAUUUAUCCUUGAACAAAUUAAGAUUUUUCUACAA